CAGCGCGGACGACGGAGUGGAGAGAAAAUCUGCUGCAACACGUCGUGUGGGCGAGCCUGCGUCGACCCGCUUUACACCGGUUGUGAAAAUGUAAAGUUAUCCACGGAGAGAAUAUCGAGGGCUCUGGCAGCGGAGAACAGCCGCGGCGGUAGAGGGAUGCUGCCGUCCCUCAGGACGCCGCGGUGUCGAACCACAGAUGGAGAGUUUGAAGAGAUCCAGUGUGAUAACGAGAUCGUCAGCUCUUGUUGGUGCGUCGAUGCUGCUGGAUUUGAGGUUCCCGGCACCCGUGCGCCGGCAGCUGGUCUCGUGAACUGCACUAGAGCAGCUCCCUGCGCCGCCCACACUUGCCGCAUGCUGUGCCCUCUCGGCUUUGAGCUUGAUUCCCGAGGCUGUCCGCUGUGCAAGUGCAGGGAUCCCUGUACGUCUGUCACUUGUCCUGGACAGCUGUCUUGUCAGUUGGAGGAGGCGCCCUGUCUCAGACCACCUUGCCCGCCUGUACCUACUUGUAAAAGAGGCAGAAGUUUACAAAACAUAUGUCCAGUAGGAGAGCCUCUACUAAUAUCAGAAACAAGCAGACCGUUCCUUUGCGGAACAGACCCUGGAAAACCAAAUUGCCCGCCGCUCUACCGUUGUCUUGUCGAAUCAGGAAAUGACUACGGCGUCUGCUGCCCUGCAUCCCUUGAACUCCAAAAAGCUGGUACAUGCCCAGCACCGACGACCACUGACUUGGAAUGUGGGACUCCAUGCGCCCAUGAUCUUGAGUGUCCGUCAAUGCAAAAGUGUUGCGAUGGAGGAGAGUGUGGUCGUCAUUGCACGCUACCACACAACGUGACCAUGUGCACUCAACAGAAAAUGCUCGCUGAGUUGUUGGUGGUCAGUGAGAAGGAAGGCAAGGGAUACGUGCCUCAGUGCAAGGACGAUGGCUCGUUUGAGUCGAAGCAGUGCUCGAGGAAUGGUUUAGUGUGUUGGUGCGUAGACACAGAUGGCAACAAGCUCCGCGGGUCCAUGGGCCCCUCGGCCUCCGUACACUGUUCUCCCACCCCUCUCGCUGCCCGCAGCGGUGCCCGUAGCCUCACCUCCUGCGCCCGGGCCCUCUGCGCUGGCAUCUGCGAGUACGGAUACAAGUCCGGCCCUGAUGGCUGCCCUUCUUGCGAGUGUGAUGACCCGUGUGCUGGUUUCCCUUGUGGAGAAGGCGAGGAGUGCGUCAGGGUUAAGGACGCUGAGUGUUCUGGAGAGUUCUGUACUGGAUAUCCUGUGUGUCGUCCUAAAGUAUCAUACGAGAACCCGUGUGAGCUAGGCGUCCCAGCGGCAGAUGACGACGGCUCCGUGGUCCAGUGUGGUGCGGAGUCAGACUGCCCCGGAGGUCAUGUGUGCACUCACACGAGACGUAGCUCCUCUGCCGUCUGUUGCCCAGAUCCUCAUUACGCUGAUAACUCGAAUGAUACUGAUGUUAUGGAGAUAAACUUCGAAGCCUGCGGUUCAGAAGCCGAGGCGCUCUGCGGUCUGAAUUCAACCAUUAGUUGUCCAGAGGGCGACUGCGAGAACGACCUGGUUUGCUGCUCCACUGUCGGCUGUGGGCCCGUGUGUAUCGAUCCUGCCAAGAUGCGACUACAAGCCGACCGCGUCGACGAUACGCCUACUAUGUGUGAGUACUUACGGGACUUCGACGAGAAGAUGGAAGGCACGGUGGAUGGUAUGAAACUUGCCCUUCCACCGCCCACAUGCAAGCCUGACGGUUCGUUCAACUCUCAACAAUGCGCUGGUGGAAGAUGUUGGUGCGUCGACUCCUUCGGUACCGAGAUUCCUGAGACCACCACACACAACGCGUCUUCCGUAGAUUGUGAUAAAGUCCGAGAUGAGCUAUCCUGCCUGGAGCUGACAUGCCGCAUGGGAUGUGACUACGGGUUCGAGCUGGGUGCCGGCAGAUGUCCCACGUGCAGAUGUCGGGACCCCUGCUCCGGUGUUACCUGUCCAGCAGGACGCGCCUGCGCCACUGUCGAUGUGGCUUGCGAUGCUGAUUACUGCCCGCCGGUGCCAGCGUGCCUACCAAAGAAAUCCGGCCAGUGCCCGUAUCUGGUGCCUUCAAACGGCGCGUGUGAAUGGUCGUGUAGAAGUGACGCGGAAUGUGGUCAUGGCGAGCGCUGUUGUGCUACAGGCUGCGGGACUGCUUGUACUGAGCCUGUGCAUCAAACAGCUUGCCAACAGAGAAGAGCCUUGGCGCUUCACACGGCUGUAGAGAGCGGUAACCCACCAGCCUGGACGUGGGUGCCUGACUGCAAGGAAGACGGCACCUAUCAACAGGUGCAGUGCAGGAGGUCGGACAAAACGUGUUGGUGCGUCGAUACUGCUGGAAACGAGGUUCCUGGAACCCGCACAACCAACUCCACUCCCAACUGCGACGCUCCCCACAAAUGCCCGAACCCUGGCUGCAACGAUGUGAUAGUCUGCUCCCACGGCCAAGAACUCGAUGACAAGGGUUGUCCGACAUGUGACUGCAGAGAUCCCUGCGCUGAGGCCAAGUGCAAGCCAGAUGAGACUUGCGAACUGGUGCCUUUAGAUUGUGAGGGUGACAUGUGCCCACCGCUAGCUCGCUGCGCCCCGUCACCACAAUGCCCCGGAGGGGUGGAUCCUCUCCAAGCUCCUGACGACUCAGGCGCUCUGAUCUGCGGCCCCAGCGCCGCCGCCUGUCCCUCAACACAUGCGUGUAGAUUCGCGCCACACGACUCGAGACCUUCGGUCUGCUGCCCUAAACCACGUACAGUAUGUUUCGAGAGCAAAGACGAGGGUAGCUGCGCUGACGGACAGGUCCUCAACACCACCAGGUGGCACUUCAACCAUGAGCGCAACCGGUGCGAGCGGUUCAAGUACCAUGGUUGCUCUGGCAACCACAAUAACUUUAGGACCAAGGAAGAGUGUAACGCUGUAUGUCCGGUUGAAGGCGAAACUGCGAAAUUGAGAAAAAAUAGGAAAAGUGGAAGGAAUCCAAAUAACGAUCAAGUAUUGAGCCCGUGCGAGCGAUUACGCGAGAAGAACGAAGCUACAGCACAAAAGUACGGCAAGGGCACGUUCAUACCAGUGUGCGACGCGAGUGGUGUCUGGGAACCUGUACAGUGCAUGUCCCACAUCGAUGUAUGCUGGUGUGUAAGCGCCAGAGGCGAACCCUUGAAGGGUUCUCUGGUGCGCGGUGCAAAGCCCUCUUGCAACUUCAGACAAGCACGCAAGUGGGUGCCACGGGACCCAAUGGACGAAAGGGCUAGGGCUGAUGAAGUACUAGAAGAGCUGAUCAGACAAAUGACAGCGUAUCGAGUGGACGAAUUCGAUGAGGAAGAUGAAUUAGACAAUAUUGAUUUAGAAAUCGAAGGUAGAGAUGAGCCCGAAGACAAGCAGGAGAUGAAAGAUGAAGCGAUUCUUGUAUCUGAAGUAGUUGAACCUAAACUAGCAGACACAACAAGAAAAAUGGAGAAACCUCUUGUAGUUGAAGAAAAGAUUGUUUUCAAAACUAAAUGUCAGAUGAUACAAGAAGAAAUUGAGAAUGGAGCAGAAGGCCACCGUCCCAGAUGUUUGUCAGACGGAUCGUUCUCGCCGCGGCAGUGCGCGCGCGGACGCUGCUGGUGCGUGGAUGCAGCGGGCCAGAGAAGGCAGAACGUACCUACUGUGCCUGACCUGCCUUCGCCUGAUCCUUGUGAACCAACUCAAAUAGAAUCAGCAAUACUAGAAUUGGAGCUGAUCGGAGCUGAGAACGCAGUGGCACAACAGGCAGCUGCGGCGCUAACUGAUAAGCUGGCGGCACUUGGGGCUCGCGUGCCGGUCUCUGUCGCUAAGGAUAGGGGCACUGUGAAGCUCAGGGUCUCACUGUCUGGACCCAGAGCUGUCGACCGAGUGUAUUUUAUUGAAAAUGCGGUGAAACAAGAGAAACUAGCCGGUGUUAGUAAGUCUGGCGAGGCAGGCAUCCUAGGGGCUGACGUCAUUCGUAGCGAAUACAGACUGUCCGCGUCGACGCCGCCCGCCAUGCAGCAGAGGGAGAUCCUUAGUGAAUCUACGGUAUCAGCAGCAACAUCAUAUCACACAGCCCUAAUAGUUCUAGCUGCUACAUCAGCAUUUAUCAUAAGUGUGUUAUGCGUCCUUGUGAUGCUGUACCGAGCCAGGCUGCAGAGAGAACCUCAUAAAGCCGAGAGGUUCCUCCCUCCAGCGCCGCCCGUCUACGUGUUAUCAGCUGAUGAGAAGGCGGAACUAGCGAGGGUGUUACACGCCCCGCCUCCCCCAGUACUACCACAAGAAGAAGACCAUACGAAAGUAUAACCAUAAGAUAUAAUUUAUUGAUGUGUGAAUGUGACACUACUGUUUAUUGAAAUAAAUGUGAGAUUUGUUUGUGCUUUAGUAUGCUAGGAGUGGUUGAUGUUUUUGAAAUAUAAUGGUAAUUAUAGGUUAGUUAAUCCUGGCAUAAAUAAAUUUAAAAUUACCAGUUCAUAAGGAUCAAAAUUGCCAGUAAAUAUAUACCAUAGAUGCUAGACAAUUUUUACCAUCGAUAAUAAUGGCCAGGUAGAACAAAGAGCAGGGAGUGUCACAUUUAUGUUGUAAGAGAAUGAAUUGAUAUUAUGUUAAACUUUAAAUCUUAUGAUAGUUCUCGUUACUCGUUUAAAACAAUAUUAUUGUAAAUUUAGUACAGGUACUAAAGUAAUUAUAGGGUCCAAAAUAUUGGCUAGAGUUUGAGUAACGUAGAUGUACUUUUAUCUAACUUCUAACUUUCUACGGCACUAAGAACUGUCAAAUAAUAUCUUAUAAAAGCCUAAUACUUAUCUUGUCUUGUUUGAGGCUAUUGUCAUAAAAUGCUGACCAAAAUUUUGACUGCCAUAAAAAUUUUACCAAUGAUGCAACAAUGAAUUGAAACAAUUGAUUAAUCUUAAAAGUUGAAUACAAAAUUAUUAUUGUCUCAAGGGUGGGACCAGAAAUGGGAACAUUUGUUUUGUUGCUCUACACAGAUAGAUAACAUUUACGCGGAAAAAAUAAAUCUUAUCAUUUCGGAAUUAUUCUUAUUUACUAGUUUCUGAUCAUUGGAAUCGCAUGAGAAAGGUUGUAUGGGAUUUCACUUCACUUUCAAAUCGGUUAGAUAUAAAAUAGCAAAUAAUUAUAAAUCUUUUAUAAAAUUUCUUUAUCUUCCAAAAAGUACCCAAAUACCUAUCCCAAACUGUAAAAUUAUGAUAUGUAUAAUUGAAAGCGUUAUUUUCACAUAAUAUUUUCUGCCUGUUAAAAUAUUUUAAUCUCUAUUUCUCAUCUGAUAUCUGACCAAAGGUAGAAUCUGUCAAAAGAUUGAUAUAAAACUUUGAACGUAUUUCUUGAAAUGUUCGUCUAAUCUUGAUCUAAUGAUAAAGAAGUGUAAUUCGUAGAACAAAA